CACCCUUUUCCCACAGGGGACAUUGUUCCAGCACUGCCUCAAGUAUCAACAAAUGUCUGAUAUAUGAACUGUGCUCUUCCCUUUUGAACCCCCAAGUAUAUUCUCACUCGAUCCUUGACGAUCAUACUUUUCUACACCGACUUUAAUUCCUUCAUCGGUACAUAGGUCGCGUGCAAUGAUCUUUCUGUGACAUUUGCGUACAAUUGCUUAGCCUACAUCCACAUUUUUUAUCUACCUUCUCUUGAAACCGUCUUUCACAUUAUCACAAUGGACCUUUCAUCCUUAGAAGGCCCGCCUAUCGCCGACACCCGGUUCACCGUCUCGCCGCGACGAGCAAAUGUUCCUAGUAUUCGUCUGGACACGUCCACCCCAGUCAGCCCGAUCAGCCCAUUAACACCUCAUGACCUCCCUCCACGACCAAGCUCGACGGACGCGAUCUUCAGUCCCCCGGAAGCCAAUCUCAAUUUCUACCAACGCUGCCACAGUCCACAGCCCCCGGUCACAGCCGACGAGCAUGAGUACCAACAACAAUCAAGGCCACAACCAACACUAAACCUACCUCCUCCCCCUCCUUCGUCCUCCUUCUCCCUUCACCCGUGGAGCUCCCGAACUCGAAGCGUUUCAGAUCUUACCCCUCACCAAUCGCCCAGCCCUCUGCUGAGCACAACCACCACGACCACAGUCACCACUCAGGCCGUGACCACCACCAUCACCACCGAAGGUAACCGUCUCGUCUGGCUCGAGCACGAGAAGCUGUGGUUCUUGAAACCUUCCACAGACCCCUCACCACACCUCAGCCCCGACUACGCCGUGACCACCAGACCCACCCCUGAUGCUCACUAUGCGCCUUACCGCCCUUCUUCGUUUCAUGGCCAAGUCCAUCUUGCUGCUUUAGCACAGAGGAGAGAUGUACCCCCGCCAUAUGGGCGGCACAUCCUUGAUCGGCCCUUGCCUCCACUACCUACGGAUGACGACGAAGACGAAGGCUCGUGCGGAUCUCGGUGGACGGCGGUUGCGAGAAGGAGGGCCAACCGGGCUGUGUCGAGGUGAGGGUGCCUGUUUAGUGUGUUGAGAAAGAGGCGGAGUUGUAGAGAUGGAUUGGAACGGAUAUUAUCAGCUGCUGGCCGGCUAUCCUAAUUUGACAUAAUCCUUGUUCUAGUUUAGUGGCGUCCCCAAUUAUCAAGCAUAGCCGGGUGUUUUAGGGGGUGCAUGUGUAGUACUAUUAGAUUGUCUGUUUCUUGAUGCGUUUCAUCCUGUACAUCAUCUCAUUCGCUCUUCUUUCUUUAUCUGCUUACUAGGUAGUUGUUCUACUUCGCUCGAGAUACCCAAUUUAUCAUAGAUCAUUUACUCCUUUAUCUCACUUCUCAUUUCUUA